AUGCCAUGUCCAAACGUCACGCCAGGGCUGGAGAUACACUUUAUACUGCUGUUCAGUCGGCAGGGGAAAUUAAGGCUCCAGAAAUGGUAUACGACGCUACCUGAUAAAGAGAAGAAAAAGAUCAUUCGAGAAAUUGUUCAGAUUAUUUUGUCUCGCAAUCAAAAAACAAGUAGUUUUGUUGACUGGAAAGACCUCAAACUUGUUUACAAAAGGUAUGCUAGUUUAUAUUUCUGUUGUGCAAUAGAAGACCAGGAUAAUGAGCUCCUGACACUAGAGGUUGUUCAUCGAUACGUAGAGCUUCUGGACAGAUACUUUGGAAACGUGUGCGAGCUGGAUAUUAUCUUUAAUUUUGAAAAAGCUUAUUUUAUUCUUGAUGAGUUUAUAAUUGGUGGAGAAGUACAAGAAACUUCAAAGAGGUCUGUAGUGAAAGCCAUAGAAGACUCUGACAUGCUGCAGGAGACAGUGGAAGAGUACAUGAACAAGCCUGCCUUUUAAUGUUAAACUACCUGGAGAGAGAACUGCUGUAUACACCUGUAAAAUGCUUUUCCUGGGAUUGCUUCCCAAUGUGCCAGAUCCUCAGAGAAAUACCAAAAACCAAUAACUAAAGGGGUUUGUUUGUAUAAUGGUGAAGAUGAAGGUCAGCUAAUGUAGCACAGGGUUUAACAAUUCUGUACUUGCAUUACUCUGCAUAUGAGUUUCUCGGAGUUGUUAUUACCCUUGAUCUAGUUUCUCUUCUUCUUGCUGGACUAAACACUUGUUUUGUACCAUGUCUUUUAGCUACGGGUUUUGUCAUCAUAAAAUGUUACUCUGACAGUACUUUGAAGAGGUAUUUUUACUAGUUUUUGUCUGCUGCUGACCAUAUGACUCUACUUUUGUACAAAUGUCCAUUAUUUUGAAAGUAAUGAUUAUUCUGCUCGAAUAAUAAUUUUUUUUCUAAAAGCCAA